AUGGCAUCUGUAGAGGAAGAAAACUAUGUCCGAAUGAGUUUGUUAUUAAGUGGAGUUUCGCCUCGUGCAGCUAGAAUCCUCUUUGAUAGUGAAUUUGCUCCAGCUUGUUUAGGUGCAACAAUAAAGAAAGAGUAUAACACUUUGUUUGACUUGAAAAAGAAGCAUUCAAUCAACCAAUCACAGUGGAAUCUUCUGUUUCCAAGGUUUCCUGAUGUUCUAGAUUCUAAAACCUUUGAUGUGACUUUGAUGAUACUAUUACUGAGGAACUUGACUCCAAUGACCCCUCCUUUGUGUGGAUUUGACCGUUUACCUUCUGCCAUGGAAACCACACCAGCUGCAGAUUUAGCAAGAAUCAAACACUACAGGAAUCACCUAGCUCAUCUGAAUGAUGGCAAACUAGACACAGGGUUCUUCAAUACUGCUUGGAAUGAUAUAACUGGUGCUGUUCAUAGAUUAGGUGGGCAGAAUAUGACACAGGAGUGUGAUCAGCUAAAAACCAAACCGCUUGAUCAAACCAUCCAAGAAAUAAGGAUAGACAUCAAAUGGUCUAAUGAUGAAAUCAUGGAGCUAAAUAAAUCUGUAACAACUCUGAAACGCCAAAAUGAGGAUAUGAGUGAAUCCCAAAAAUUCCUACAAAAAAAAAUUAAAAAAGUAAAGAAAUCCCACAAAAACCACCAUGCCAAUAUGACAAAGAAAAUGGAAAUAAUAGAAAGCUCACAGCAGGAUACAGUACCAUGGAAUACUCGAGAAAAAAAUAAUGAAACACUUAAAAAAUGGAAGGACAAUGAUGAUACAAUGUUUAUCAAUACAAGAGCAGCCCAGAAUGUACUCAAAUGCAUUAAAGAAAACAGUUGUGUAACUAUUACAGCUAGUUCUGGUGUAGGCAAGACAGCAACACUUAGACAUGUGGCUUUGGAAAUGGUAGAAGACGGAUAUGAUGUUCUUAUUGUGAGAGAACCGAGUGACAUUCUGAGGUUUUAUAAUCCAAAAAAGAAAACUUUGUUUGUUUUUGAUGACUUAUGUGGAAACUUCUCGAUGGACAAGAGUGACAUUAAAAAUUUCUUCCAGAAUCCAUUUUCAGUUUAUGAAACAUUGAUUGAUCAGUAUCUAAAGAAAGGGCAUUACAUUAAAUACUGUGCUUUGGCUUUAUGUGUUAUAUUUAACAACAAGUUAAAGGAAGAAAUGUUAACAGAAGAGUUGAAUGAAGAAACCAGGAAUAUCAUUGAAAACACAUGUGAGGCAUGUAAAUUAGACAGAGGAACAUCAAGACUGGUACUACAGGAUGAACUUGACUCACUCAUACAAACAUUUAUAAAGAAAGAUCAAAACAUGUACAAGAUAAUACAUGAUAAAAUAUUUGAUUUUCUUGUUCAGAUCUAUGGACAAAAGAUAUUAUAUUGUUUGAUAAAGAAUGCAGACAGUGGUUUGAUAAGGGAACGAUUUUUAUUAGAAACAAAAGAGAACAUGGAUCCUUUUAUUACUGUAGUACCUGAAAAAUAUCAUCAGAUGUACAUACAGAGAUUGAUUGAUGACUGGUCAAAGGGAAAAGUUCAAGAUGUAUUUAGUAACAUCAACAUGAAGAUUCCUCUGUUCAGAAAGACAUUGCUCGCCUGUUUGAACAAACUUGAUCAAUCCCGCCAAAGACAGUUGGCUCAUACCUGGGACGAUAGUAAACUAUUUAAAGAUCUUUUGCAUGAUAAAGACCAUGUAUAUGAUACUCCUUUAUUACUUUGUAGUUAUUUGGGAUAUAAUUCGUUGUUUAAGUGGUGUUGUGAUCAUGGUGUAAAAAUAAACAGGUGUACAUACAAUGGUCAGUCUCCCAUAAUGACUGCUAGUGAAUAUGGUCGUACAGAAAUACUGAAGAUGUUGUUAGACAAAGAAGCAGACUACAAUAAAUGUGACUUGAGUGGAAGGUCACCUGUAAUGGGGGCUUGUACACAUGGUCAUACUGAAAUAGUAAAGAUUUUGAUAGACAGAGGGGCAGACUAUUAUACAUUUACAUGCGAUCUGUGUGACCAGUCACCUGUCAUGGCAGCUUGUAAACUUGGUCAUACUGAAAUAGUAAAGAUGCUAUUAGACAAAGGGGCAGAUUGUAAUCAAUGUGAUGAAGAUGAGAAAGCACCUAUAAUAUGGGCUUGUGAGCAUGGUCAUACAGAUAUAGUGAAGAUGUUGUUAGACAGAGGUACAGACUGUAAUACAUGUGACUGGUUUGGUACAUCACCUUUAAUUGCGGCUUGUGAACAUGGUCAUAAGGAAAUUAUAGAUAUGUUGUUAGACAGAGGAGCAGACUGUAAUACAUGUGACUGGUUUGGUUUAACACCUGUAAUGGCGGCUUGUGAACAUGGCCAAAUUGAAAUAGUAAAUAUGUUGAUAGAAAGAGGAGGAAAAUAUAACGAAUAUGACGGAAAUGGUCGGUCAUCUGUAAUGGCGGCUUGUGAACAGGGUCAUACAGAAAUAGUGAAGAUGUUGCUAGACAGAGGAGCAGACUGUAAUACAUGUGACUGGUUCGGUACGUCACCUUUAAUGGCGGCUUGUGAAAAUGGUAAUACAGAAAUAGUUAAGAUGCUGUUGGGCAGAUGUGCAGACUAUAAAAACUGGGAUAAUGAUGAUCAGUUACCUGUAAUGGCAGCUUGUGCAUAUGGUCAUACAGAAAUAGUUAAGAUAUUAUUAGACCAAGAAGCAGACUUAAAACACUGGGAUGAGGAUGACCAGUUACUCAUAAUGACGGCUUGUGUACUAGGUCAUACAGAAAUGGUACAGAUGUUGUUAGACAGAGGGGUAGACUGUACAAAAUGUAAAAAAGAUGGGGUGUCACCUAUAAUGGAAGCUUGUGCCCAUGGUCGUACAGAAAUAGUAAAGAUGUUGUUAGACAGAGGAGCAGACUGCAAUAAAUGUGACUGGUAUGAUCGGUCACCUGUAAUGAAGGCUUGUGAAUAUGGUCACACAGAAAUAGUGAAGAUGAUGUUAGACAAAGGAGCAGAAUGUAAUGAAUGUGACAGGAGUGACCAGUCUCCUGUAAUGAAGGCUUGUGAACAUGGUCAUAUAGAAAUAGUAGGGAUGCUGUUAGACAGAGGAGUAGACUGUAAUACAUUUGACUGUUGGGGUCAGUCACCUUUAAUGGUGGCUUGUGAACAUGGUCAUACAGAAAUAGUAAAGAUGUUGUUAGACAGAAGAGCCGACUUUAAUAAAUGUGACAAUGAUGGUCAGUCACUUCUUAUGAAGGCUUGUGAACAUGGUCGUACAGAAAUAGUAAAGAUGUUGUUAGACAGAAUAGGAGACUUAAAUAAAGGUGACAAUGAUGGUCAGUCGCUUCUUAUGAAGGCUUGUGAACAUGGUCGCACAGAAAUAGUAAAGAUGUUGUUAGACAGAGAAGCAGACUUUAAUAAAUGUGACAAUGAUGGUCAGUCACCUCUUAUGAAGGCUUGUCAACAUGGUCAUAAAGAAAUAGUAAAGAUGUUGUUAACAAGAGGAGUAGACUGCUAUAAAUGUGUCUGUUUUGGUAAUUCACCUGUAAUGAAGGCUUGUGAACACGGUCAUAAAGAAAUAGUAAAGAUGUUGUUAGCGAGAGAGGUAGACUGUUAUAAAUGUGAUCAUGGUGGUUGUUCACCUAUAAUGGAAGCAUCUAAACAUGGUCGUACAGAAGAAGUAAAAAUAUUGGUAGAGAGAGGAACAGACUACAAUAAAUGUGACUGGUUGGAUGGAUCACCACUGAUUAGGGCUUGUGAAAAUGGUCACACAAACAUAGUGAAGAUGUUGAUAGACAAGGGUGUAGACUGUCAUAAAUGUGAUUAUGUUGGUUGUUCGUCUUUAAUGAAGGCAUGUGAACAUGGUUAUGCAGAAAUAGUUAAGAUCUUGUUAAACAAGGGAGCAGACUAUAAAAAAUGUGAUAAUAAUGGUUGCUCACCUAUAAUGAAGGCUUGUGAACAUAAUCAUACAGAAAUAGUUAAAAUCUUAGAAGACAGAGGAGCAGACUAUGAUAAGUGUGAUAAUAGCGGUUGUUCACCUGUAAUGAAGGCUUGUGAACUUGGUAAUACAGAAAUAGUUAAGAUGAUGUUGGACAGAGGAAGAGACUUUAAUAAAUGUGAUUAUAGAGGUUGUUCACCUUUAAUGAAGGCUUGUGAACCAGGUCAUACAGAAAUAGUUAAGAUGUUGUUAGACAGAGGAGCAGACAGUGAUAAAUGCGAUAAUGAUGAUCGGUCACUAGUAAUGAAGGCGUGUGAGUAUGGUCACACAGAAAUAGUAAAGAUGUUAUUACAAAGAGGAGCAGACUGCAAUAAAUGUGACAUGUAUUGUAUGUCACCUCUAAUGAAGGCUUGUGAACAUGGUCAUACAGAAAUAGUAAAGAUGCUGUUAGACAAAGGAGCAGAUUGUAAUUUGCUUGAUAAAGAUGGUCGGUCAGCUGUAAUGCAAGCUUGUGAACAUGGUCAUAAAGAAAUAAUGGAGAUAAUUUUAGACAGACUGUAG